AUGUCACAAAUUCUUCAACAUAUUAAGAAAAGACCACGGGCUGCAAUGGAACGAGGAAUGCAUCGACGCCCUGAGGAAGCUAAAAGCAUACCUGUCCUCACCGCCACUACUCGUCAAAGCGGACCCAGACUCGCCAAAUGGGCAAUAGAACUAAGCGAGAACGAUAUAACUUACCAACCGCGAACUGCCAUUAAGUCGGGUGCUCGCCGAUUUUGUCCCGACUUUAGCGCAGAAAUAUUACCCGCGGCGGAACAGGAAGCGCUUCGCGCUUCCGAUGGAAUACUCCCGCAAGACAAGAAAGAGGCCAAGAAACUCCGGGUGCAGGCAGCUCGAUACAGCCUGGUAAAUCAUGACCUCUACAAAAGAACAUUUGGCGGUCCCCUAGCCAAAUGUCUUGGACCACACCAAACUAGGCAAGUACUGGAGGAAGUACACGAGGGUCACUGCGGCGCCCAUAUAGGGAAUCGCGCCCUCGUUCGAUGUCUCAUUCGCGCCGGCUAUUACUGGCCUACUAUGAAAAAAGAAGCCGCGGACUACGUUCGGAGAUGCGAGCAAUGCCAAAAGUACGCCCCUAUGAUACAUCAAGCAGGGGAACUCCUCCAUUCGGUCACCUCGCCAUGGCCUUUCAUAAAGUAG